UGGUCAUUCUCAUGCUGCAGGAUCUUUGCGCGUGAAAGCGUUGUUGAACUUCAUUACCCAGAGAGCAAUGCGCAGAGAGCGUCACUGUGCGUCAGCUCUAGUUGCCCAGCCACAGAGAAAGAAAGAGGAGGCGCACAGGUUGCUAUUGAUAGAAUAGUUCAGCAAUCUUAUUUUUUAUUUUAUUUUUUACGAUUAUUGUAGUCUAGAUUGACAUAUCCACUGCGCGCCUGGGCCAGUCUACAGGCACAGUUUACCCCCGCUCUGGCUCACUUGCAACCCGAAAUGAGCGGCAGCGGGCGGCCCAGGACUAGCUCGUUCGCUGAGCCCCCGGGGGUCCCGGGAGCCGCUGCAGCCGCCGCCGGAUCAGCCGUCGCGGGUGGAAGCUCUUCAGGAAAGACGGGGGGCGCGCAGGCCUCAGGCGGGAGUUCGUCUGGUUUCGGAAACCUAAAGCUGGGCAGGGAUAGUGGGAAAGUGACAACGGUAGUAGCCACACCAGGGCAGGGUCCUGACCGUCCUCAGGAGGUCUCGUACACAGACAUCAAGGUGAUCGGGAAUGGCUCAUUUGGAGUGGUGUACCAGGCUCGACUCAUCGACAGCCAGGAGAUGGUGGCCAUAAAGAAGGUGCUUCAGGAUAAGAGGUUUAAGAACCGUGAGCUACAGAUAAUGAGGAAGUUGGACCACUGUAAUAUUGUCAGGCUACGCUACUUCUUCUACUCCAGUGGAGAAAAGAAAGAUGAAGUCUAUCUAAAUCUGGUGCUUGAUUUUGUACCAGAAACGGUGUACAGGGUGGCACGCCACUUCAACAAGUCCAAGACCAUUAUCCCCAUUAUCUAUGUCAAAGUGUAUAUGUAUCAGUUAUUUCGCAGUCUGGCAUAUAUUCAUUCCCAAGGCGUCUGCCAUAGAGACAUAAAGCCACAGAAUCUCCUGGUGGACCCCGACACAGCUGUACUCAAGCUGUGUGACUUUGGCAGUGCAAAACAGUUAAUUCGUGGGGAGCCCAAUGUGUCAUACAUCUGUUCGAGGUAUUACCGCGCUCCCGAGCUAAUAUUCGGAGCCACGGAUUACACAUCCAACAUUGAUAUCUGGUCAGCUGGCUGUGUAUUAGCAGAGCUGCUUCUGGGACAGCCCAUAUUCCCCGGUGACAGUGGAGUGGACCAGCUCGUGGAGAUCAUCAAGGUUUUGGGGACCCCGACAAGAGAACAGAUCCGAGAGAUGAACCCCAACUACACAGAGUUUAAAUUCCCACAGAUCAAAGCACACCCUUGGACGAAGGUGUUUAAGCCGAGGACCCCUCCUGAAGCCAUCUUAUUGUGUUCUCGUCUGUUGGAGUACACACCGGUGACGCGGCUCUCUCCGCUGGAGGCCUGUGCACACGCCUUCUUUGACGAGCUGCGCCAGCCGAACGCCCGUCUGCCUAAUGGCCGAGAACUUCCCCAGCUCUUCAACUUCAGCCCUGUGGAGCUGUCUAUCCAACCACAGUUGAACUCCAUUCUCAUUCCUCCCCAUGCUCGCUCGCAGACGACACCUGCCUCACACGAGGGCAGCGGUUCAGACGGUCCAGCCCAGUCUAGCUCAGCACCGGGACCCCUGAGCAACAACACCUAAUUGUUACCUUGGCAUUACUGCGACUUUGUCAGCCCUCUCUCCUCAUCCCUUCUUUCUCAUUCCUCUCUCCUUCCCAAAAGCAGCUCCGAACAGUCUCUCUCACAAACACACACUUGUCACCUCGUGUUAUGUGUGGUCAUGUUCUCCCAUGAUGGAAGAAGUGUGUGAUGCCCAAAUUAAUGACAUCAAUCAUCACAGGAGGAGAUGAUGUCGAUUAAA